CAUUUUCGAGCUGAACAAAACAAAGCAAGUCUGUAAAGGAAAACAAAAGAUAAAAACCCGGAGAAUUCGGUUACUUCACAUUUCAUCGCUAAAGAUUCUGUUUCUUAACAUUUUAGACCCUCACGCUUGUGUAAGCCGCCAUGUGUGGAGGAGCUAUAAUCUCUGAUUUCAUUCCGUCGCCAAGGUCUCGCCGCGUCACCAGCGAGUUCAUCUGGCCGGAUCUGAAGAAGAAGAAGAAGAACGCGAAGGGACUGAAGAAGAGCUUGGAGAAGCGUUCGAGUCACUCUGAUCUUGACGAUGAGUUCGAGGCUGAUUUCCAGCGUUUCAAGGAUGAUUCGUCUGUUGAUGUCUUCGAUGAUGUCUUCGCCGAUGUGAAACCGUUUGUUUUCACGGCGACUCCGAACGCCGCCGUCUACUCCGCGGCUGCCGCUUCUGGCAAGAAAGUUGCUGACUCUAACGGACAAGCUGCAAAGAGGAAGAGGAAGAGCCAAUACCGAGGGAUAAGGCAACGUCCUUGGGGCAAAUGGGCUGCUGAGAUCCGUGAUCCUAAGGAAGGUUCAAGGAUCUGGCUUGGAACUUUCUCAACAGCCGAGGAAGCUGCGAGAGCUUAUGAUGCUGCAGCACGCAGAAUCCGCGGCUCCAAAGCUAAGGUGAACUUCCCAGUGGAAACCCUUACUGUCUCUCACAAACCAGUGGCUACACUUAAUCCGAACCCAGCUUCGGUUCAGAACUUCGACAACAUGUGUUUCAUGGAGGACACACAGCAAGGGAACAACAACAACAACAAUCAGUUUGCGCUGACAAACUCUAUUGGUGCUGGAGGUGGUAACGGAUAUCAUCAGUAUUUCAGCUCAGACCAGGGUAGUAAUUCAUUCGGUUGGAGCGAUCAAGCUCCAAUAACUCCUGAGAUAUCUUCUGCGUUAAUCAGCAACAACAACUCUGCUCUAUUCGUGGAGGAUGCGAAUCCAGCUAAGAAGCUCAAGUCCAUGGAUUUUGAGGCACCUCAAUGGGACUCUUCACUUGAUUUCCUCAGUGGAGAUGCUGUGGUGACUGAGGAAAACGGUGCAAACCCUAUGGAGUUAUGGAGCAUUGAUGAGAUCGAGUCCAUGAUCGGAGGGGUCUUCUAAUAAGAUCCAUUUUCAUGUAAAUAAGGCUGCAUGUUAGUGAGUUUCCCGCAUCAUCAUCUCCUUUAAACCUGCAGAACAAUUUAAGAUCUGUUACUUUUGUUUCAUCUUCUUGCUGUAUAUGUCUAUCUUAGGAGCUGCUGUUGGGGAAUGGUUAUAAGCCUAUUUCUCUUUGCAUGCUAAUAAGGUUGUGAUGAAGUUCAUAUAGGGGCUUAAUUUUUAGGAGUUUCUGUAGUCUUUCGUUUCAAAAAUAUUUUGAACUCUUUUCUAGUGACAUUUUGUGUUCGCUUGUGC